AUGACGCUGCGCAUCCUGUCACAUAGCAGAGAAGGACAUCGAGACAAAAAGUGUCAAAAGGAGGACCAAGAGAACCGGAUGGUCCACGACUCCUGGGAGUUUCCCGUUCCGCCACGGGGCCUCGUACGAUCUGGGAACGUCAAGCAGACCUCACCCAAGCGCCGACGCCUGCCGCUGAGAGACUCGAUUCUCUUAAAACGCAAAGAUUCCUCUGAUUCCUCCAAAGCUGGCGGCGUAGAGACGUCAGCUAGUACACCUCGCAAAGCUCCGCCAUUGUCGGAGCCACAGACACCGUCUAGGCCGACGCACUCCAUGAGCAUGCCAGUGACACCAUCAAAAGGGAGGAUGUCGGACCUGCCUAGGCUUGGAGCCCGUCCCAAAGAUCAACAACUCAGGGAGGGUCACUCACAAAAUCAACCUGCACGUCUACCGCCAAGAGACUCCAAUCUGGAAAGCUACCGCAAGGAUCUCAAGGCGUCAAAUGAUGCUCUGCCGGAUGGUGAGAAGCCGUUGGUGUCUCGUAUCUGUUCCAUGAUCUUGGACGAGGAGUUUGGCGCCGGCGCCGACAGAUCCUCGACGCCCCUCAAGGUCUGGGACACCGUAGCACGAUGUCUCGAAGACAUCUCUCGCCUUGCACAGACAGGAGUCGCUAGCAGUGGGAGCGGAGGGCCUGCCCAAGCUCGUCUGGCUCUGGAAUCGAACCCGGCCCAGGAGAUGACAGGCAGAGCUGGUGGUCAAACCAAGAUCGCUGGGACAGACGAGCGCAACACAGAGUCCUCCAAGCAAGAUACAAGGUCCAGCGGGGGGUCAUCGAUUGUUGACUACUAUGCCUCGAAUUAUCAAAAAGAAAGCAGUAGCCAGGGUGGGUUGCUGCCAUGCCCUUACAGGCUGCGUAAUCCGGCACGAUUCAACGUCAAUGACAAGUGGCUGUGUGCUAAUGGAAGAUGGAAAGACUUUGCAGACUUGCAGAAGCAUAUCGCAAAGGAUCAUAAGCGUUGCGGCGAUGCUCACCUCUUCCAGUGCCCGCGGUGUGAAGAUGGUUUCUCGGAGCCCAAUGCAUUCAAACAACACUUGAUGCUCCCAAGAGAGCAAAUGUGUGAACCACGAUCUGAGGGUGAUUCUGAAUGGACCGAUCCAGAAGACGGCCUCAGCAGUGCGAAAGCCCAGAAACUAUCUGAACAGACAGGCAACAAGGUAUUCGACUCCUGGGAUGAGUUGUGGAAGUGGCUAUUCCCUCUGGACAGAGUGGUACCAAAGCCUGCUGCUUUACCCGCCGUAGAGCUGCCGCUGGUAGAACAGGAAGUCUUUGCUGCCGGCAACAUGUCGAACCUGAAGGCUAGCUUGGAGGAGCGCCUUCGCUUCCUCGCCUCACAAUCGGCCGACAGCGGCUCGUUUUCCGCGCAGAUACCUGUUAUCACUGCGUCCCUGUCACUGGAUGUUGAGGCGCAUCUCAGGAGCGUGUUCAUCUCAUGCCGUAAUCAGCCGCCUGUCCACACCGGAAAGUCGUCAGCGUCAGUGGACACAGCGACUGGCCGACCACGUAACCUGUCAUCUGCGUCCAGCUCCAGCACCAGGAGUCUCCAACGGUUCGCUCAGCGUGGCCCUACCAUUGCCGUAAAGGAGAGCAAAGGUGCCGCGUGGGACGGCCCCAGCCUUGAUCGUCAACGUCAACGUCAGAGAAGCAACAGCGACGAAGCGAGGCGCGAAAAGCUGACGGGGGCCGCGACGCUUCCAGUCCCAACAAUGCUCACGAUACCAUUCCCUCGCAUAUCAGCCUUGACAGAGCACUCUGAUGUAGGGCCCAGCCCAGUCUCGGAACACGACACCUCGCCGAAAGCCCACUCGGACGCCGAGUACUCUUCGGGCGUCGAGUCAACGCCGAGCAGCGCGGGCGGAUACCGGGAAUCCAGCAACAGUAACACGACAGCAGACAUUAGGUGCAGCAAGUGCAACAUGAGAGAGAGUCUUCGACCGGGCGAGGACAUUUUCUCAGACAAGCGCCACUUUAGCAGUUCCUCAGCUGCAGCGCAGGAAAUACUGAAGUCGACGUGCAGGUUCUCCGACUCCGGGAUUGGGAUCCUCUGCAAGAGCUGCCGGAUGCUCGAGGAGCUGAUUAGUUCGUACUCGCGGGCUUCAUCUCAGGCGUCGGCCAAGUCUGAGCGACUAAGCCUGCCGAUGGCUGGUGGUAAUGGUGGUGGUACUGCUGCUCCUGCCACCGCGAGGAGUACCGCCACGAGCGUGACCACUAAUACGAGCCUGAAUACGGCCCCAAUGAUGGUGCCGCCGUUCUCGCCGAACCCGUCUGUCUCGGUAGAUGAGAGCGAGGAGGAGACGCUGUUUGAUUUGAUCCUCGACUCGGCGACGUACCUGGACGCGGACGGGCAGCGCAAGACGGAGGUGGUGUCGCCCAUGUUCCCGCCGCCGCAGAUUGGGUUUUCAGAGUACGAUCGAUAUGGGGGCCACGGCGGUAAUUGGUUUUGA